GAAGAAUUGGUAGCCGUCCCCUCUACGAAGAUGCUUCUAUCGCGGACACUGUCGCGGGUCCAAGGGUCCUCGUGGAUGCAAGUGCAGAAGCAUGCUGCCAUGUCCAGCACCUCAGCCGCUGCCGCAUCUACCACCUCGGUCGCUCCUCCCGCCAUAUCCUUGGAGAACAAGCCGUGGUCAUCCGACUCGAAGCGCACCGGUCUCCUUGCCGUUAAGAUGGGAUCCAUGCACAUCUACGACGACUGGGGUCUUGCCCAUCCCGUGACUGUCCUUCAGGUUGAAGAGUGCCAAGUCACCCAAGUCAAGACGAAGGAAGUGCACGGCUUUACCUCUCUCCAACUCGGCGUCGGCCUCCGCAAGGAACGCAACAUCACCAAGCCGGUGUUGGGCCAUUUGGCCAAGGCUGGUGUGCCUGCCAAGCGCGAACUGCACGAGUUCCGCGUCUCAGACGACGCGCUCAUUCCCGCCGGUACCACGUUGAACGCUUUGCACUUCUCUCCAGGUCAAUUCAUCGACGUGUGCGGCACCUCCAAGGGCAAGGGGUUCCAAGGCGUGAUGAAGCGCCACAACUUUGGUGGGCAGCCUGCAUCGCACGGGAAUUCGUUGGCCCAUCGUGCCAUGGGUUCUGCUGGCCAGUGUCAAGACCCUGGUAAGGUGUGGAAGGGCAAGAAGAUGCCUGGGCGCAUGGGUGGCAAGCGUGUCACCCGCGACAACCUGUGGAUCUUGAAGAUCGACCCCGAACGCAACCUGUUGUACGUCAAGGGGUCGGUCCCCGGCGCCCCAGGCGGUGUCGUGCGCGUCACGGAUGCCCGCAAGAAGAAAUUUGAAGAGUCUGCAACCCCUCCUUUCCCGACGUUCAUCGUGGCCAAGGGCGAGCCAUUGCCAGCGCCGGUGCUUGCGCCAAAGGCCGAAAAGGAUCCGUACAAUUAUGAAGAGCAGUAGACUAACUAAAACCAAGCACCCCCCCUUGUGCCAACAGUGACAGACUGCCCCACAUACGUAAUAUCUCG